AAUUUAAUUUUAGAUUUGCGCCGUAACGUAACGUCACUAUCGUGUUGCGACUGCCGACUAGUGGACGACGUUGUAAUUUCAGUUUUGAAUUUAAGACGGUGUUGGGGAGUUGUGGGUUGUUCAUGGUAUAUUCGACCGAUCUCCAAGCCGUUUAUAUGAACCUUAGAUUUUCAACCAACCGCUCAGAUCUCCAGCAAAAUGGACGGAAACGGAGGAGCCAGCGACGCGGCCGUUCCAAUACUCGAAGAGACUUUCUAUGCACUAUCUAGAAAACAGUAUUCAUACACAGUAACAUUAACUUCCAGUGGGUUGUAUCUGAAGAAAAACUUCAAUGGUGCAGUUAAAACUGAUUUCAUCCAUGUCAAUGACAUAAUCGGAUGUAAAUGCAUGCGUAACAACGGCAAGUCUAACGACUGUGCUUGCCGUCCCGUAAAAAACACCAAUGCCGCAAACUGCCAGGUACGCGUUCCUUAUGACGAUUCCACUGAUUGCAGUGCUUACUUGUGUGUGUAUGCAUACAUUUUAAAAAAUGUCGCCAUGAAAAAUGAGAGACGGGACAAGAUGACCGUCACGCUCAGGUUUCGCAAUUACAACAAUUAUAACGAUAAUCUAAAAACUGCUCAAAAAUGGAAACAUUCAAUUAGUUCUCUAAUGAGAGCUCGUAGUGAGGGUAGAACAAUAGUAGCACUUCCUGACAAUCGGUAUUUAGCUAAUCGUUUAUUAGUAAUUGUGAACCCAAAAAGUGGUGUUGGAAAAGCAAGAGAAAUAUUUCAACGUAAAGUAGCACCUAUAUUAAUUAUGGCUGAUGUUGACUACGAUUUACAUAUCACAUGCAUGCAAAAUGAUGCGAGGAAUUUAGUGAGGACCAGUAAUAUUUACAAAUGGGGUCGAGGUAUAAUCGUACUUGGAGGAGAUGGGCUAAUGUUUGAAAUCAUCAAUGGUCUUAUGGAACGCUCUGAUUGGCAAAGAGCAUUUGAGUAUCUGACAUUAGCCAUUAUUCCAGGUGGAUCAGGCAAUGGAUUGGCCAAAUCAAUAAGUUUUGAGACCAAUGAACCCUACACGGAGGAUCCCAUAGUUAUAUCGGCAUUAAACAUUGUGAGUGGUAACCGGUGUGCAAUGGAUUUAGUCAGAGUUGAAACUAUUUCUCAGGUUGUAUAUUCAUUUCUAUCAGUCGGUUGGGGAUUUAUUGCUGAUAUUGAUAUUGAAAGUGAACGCCUGAGGAUAUUGGGUAGCCCUAGGUUCACUAUUUGGACUAUUGCUAGACUCAUCGGUUUAAGGAGUUACCCUGCUAGAUUAUCGUAUAAUAAAAUUGAUAAUUUGGACAGCAAUAUUAAAAUAAAUAAUUUUACUGCAAGCUCAUUUUACGAUUGUCAAGAUAUCAUUGACGAUGGGCCUGUGUCAAUCGAAUUUGGAAUGGAUCCUCUUGAAGAGUUUGAUUCCCGGGAACGAGUUGAAAGUUUUUCAUCCGCAAUCUCUAAACGUACAUUUAUGUCUGUUAAGGAAGCAACUAGUUUCCAAUCAAUACCAGAUGUAGUUGAAGAGUCAGAUAUUUGGAUACGUGGACCUGCAUCAAAAAUCCCUCCAUUAUCUGAACCUGUUCCUGCAGAUUGGGAAGUUGUAGAAGAAGAAUUUGUGAUGAUACAUGCUUCAUAUUUAUCUCAUAUCAGCGAAGAUGUAUUACUAGCACCAGAUUCAAAGUUAAACGAUGGUGUCAUAUGGCUGUUAAUUGUUAGAAAUGGUAUAUCUAGAGCAAAUUUUCUACAAUUUUUGCUGGCAUUGUCAUCAGGAACCCAUUUAAAUAUCCCUAAUGUUGAAAUGGUUCCUGUCCGAGCAUUUAGAUUAGAACCAUUGUCGGGUGGUAGCCACAUUGUUGUUGAUGGUGAAUUACUAAAACAUAGCCCAGUGCAGGCAGAAAUUAUGCCCGGUAUUACCAAUGUGUAUGCUCGACAAAAAUGUUCAUGAUAAAUAAUUAAGUAAAUGUGGUAUGAAUUUUUAUGACAUAAGAGGAUUCAGAGAAUGUCCUAGUAGACCCAGGUCAACAACCUACAAAGUUAAAAAAUCAUUCUUAUGUUAUUUAUUUUUUAAUAUACUAAUGUUAACCUUCUCUUCUAUUUUUUUUUAAAAUUAUUUUAUUUAUAAUUUACAAUUAACUUUUAAUGUUACCAUGUAUUUUCUAUUUACACAAAGAGGGACCAAUUUUGGUGUAAAGGUAAAUAGCAUAUAAAUAUAAAAAUUAAUUUAUGCAUUAUUAUAUAAUAUAAAGUUGCAAAUAGUGAUAUAUAUUUUUUCUUGCUCAAUAUGUUAAUUACUGCUAAUUAUAACCAAAGAAA